AUGGCUGUCUCAAACACCAUCACACUACACAUUGAUACUCCUUGGACAUUCUCUUCUCACUCGUGUACACUGCACAGAACAAGCUUGGAGCAAGCCCACGACUACCCAAACACCACAAGCCCCGCAAGAGAUUACAUGUUAGAUGAAGGGGCUUCCGACCUACCAACUAAAUCCGAUAUAGCGCCCCUUUGGGAUAGCAGUCGUGAACAUGAACAAAAGGAUAGUGCAGAAGGCUUCAAGCCUGAGGGCACAGAUGGGUGCUCUCUGUUGCAUUUGGUUGCACAAAGCAACACUCAAACCGCUAUUGACAGGCUUGGUGAACCUAUAACCUCCAUCACCUUUCUGUCAACUACCAGUGAGAUACCACAACAAACCUUCAUGUUCUCUGGCACUGUCACUGCAGCCCCCGUUUCUGCUCCUCUCCCGACAACAGCCCCGACAAACCCCAUAACAAGCGAGGGACCUGCUUUAUGUCCAUCUGUUAAGAUUAUUUUAAUUGGCAUUGCCUUACUCCUUUCUCUAGUAUAG